AUGAACUCACUCUACUCGCUAGCACUCAGACAAACCUCAUCGAUCCAGGCCGAGCUCACCGAACUGGAGAACAGUAUCACUUCCGCAACAACAAGAAAUAACACUGCUGGUCUACAUGGUCAGAUUGCUGCCAGUUUGUCGUCCCUCCAACGCACUCUCGAUGAUUAUCAGGCGAUGAGUAAAGCCGAAGUGGUCGAGUCUAAACGUGCUAAAGCGGUCUCUCGGAUUGAGAAAUUCAAGGAUGACUUCAUGGCUCUCAAGAAACAGUUCGAUCAGAUCAAAAAUUUGGAACGCACACUCAAAGAACAAAGUCAACGUCAUGAACUCUUUCAAUCAAGUUCGACAUCGUACCGAACAAAUGCUGCUACUCACAGCUCACCCACAACGGCAGAAUCACCUUACCAAACAGGAUACCAUCGGACAAAUGCGGCCAUCAACAGUCGGGCUGGCGGCGGUGGAGGCGCAGGUUACAGGACCAACUCGGCACUCGAUGAAAACAACUUCUUACAACAGACCAAUAACACCUUGGACAUUUAUAUCGCUCAGGGUCAGGCCAUCUUGGGAAACUUGGGCGACCAGAGGGAUAUGUUGAAAGGUACACAAAAGAAGCUUCGGUCCGCUGCUAAUGUCCUUGGACUCUCUCGCGAGACGAUUCAGUUCAUCGAACGCAGAAAGUCUGCCUCCAAGAAGGGCAAGUGA